CUUGCAGUUUACGGCACAGCAACAAGCUCGAGCUGCACAACCGGUUAGACGCCUCCAAACCCGGAAGACGCGCGUGUAAGGGAUGGGGAAGAUCUCUCUUCAUUCCACUUGAUCAAACUUUACCAAAAUUCACAAAACUUCGACUCCUGUCAGUCACUUCUGGUAACACAACAGCUUUGAUAAGAAUGGCAGCGUCCGCGAUCUUCAUCCUGGACCUUAAAGGCAAGGUGCUCAUAUGUCGAAACUACAUGGGCAAUGUGGACAUGAGUGAGAUUGACAACUUCAUGCCCAUAAUGAUGAGGAGAGAGGAAGAUGCAGAUUUGUCACCAGUGGUUAUUCACGGCUCUACCCACUACCUCUGGAUAAAGCAUAGCAACCUCUACUUGGUUGCAAUAACAAAGAGGAAUACCAAUGCUGCUCUUGUAUACUCCUUCCUGUACAAAUUAGUGGAGGUGUUCACUGAAUAUUUCAAGUCACUGGAAGAAGAGAGUAUUCGAGACAAUUUUGUAACCGUAUAUGAGCUAAUGGAUGAAGUCAUGGACUUUGGAUUCCCUCAGACCACUGACAGCAAGAUCUUACUAGAGUACAUCACCCAACAGGGGCAUAAACUGGAGGUGGGAGCGCCACGGCCCCCGGCUACAGUAACCAAUGCUGUGUCUUGGAGGUCAGAAGGCAUCAAAUAUAGGAAGAAUGAAGUCUUCAUGGAUGUCAUUGAGUCUGUCAACCUAUUGGUCAGUGCUACAGGCAGUGUUCUGCGUAGCGAGAUUUUGGGCUGCGUCAAACUCAAAGUCGUUCUGUCAGGCAUGCCUGAGUUAAGGCUCGGACUCAAUGACAAAGUUCUCUUCGAGAUCACAGGCCGGGAGAAGAGCAAGUCUGUGGAGCUGGAAGAUGUAAAAUUUCAUCAGUGUGUGCGUCUCUCUCGCUUUGAGAAUGACCGGACUAUCUCUUUCAUCCCACCUGAUGGAGAAUCUGAACUAAUGUCUUACAGACUCAACACCACGGUGAAGCCUCUAAUAUGGAUUGAGAGCGUAAUAGAGAAGUUCUCUCAUAGUCGAGUAGAGAUCAAGGUUAAGGCCCGCAGUCAGUUCAAGAGCCGCUCCACUGCUAACAAUGUGUCCAUCUUAGUUCCUGUUCCUAGUGACGCUGACUCCCCCAAAUUUAAGACCACCACGGGCCAGGCUAAAUGGGUUCCUGAGAAGAGUGCUGUAGAAUGGAACAUUAAGUCCUUCCCUGGUGGGAAAGAAUUCAUGAUGCGAGCUCAUUUUGGACUGCCAAGUGUGGAAAGCGGUGAACUGGAGGCCAAGCGACCAAUCACAGUAAAGUUUGAGAUUCCUUACUUCACAGUGUCAGGCAUUCAGGUGCGAUAUUUGAAGAUUAUCGAGAAGAGCGGAUAUCAGGCAUUACCGUGGGUGCGUUAUAUUACUCAGAGUGGAGAUUAUCAACUGAGGACCAACUGAGAGAGGACAGCGCCUGUGUAUGUUGUGUUCUGUCUGUCCUUUUUCAUCUGUGAGACAGCUACUUCUUUUCACACAGCAGUUGAACUGCUCUUACUUUUGUCUGAGAUCAGGUUUUACAAAUUAAACAAGAGAGUCAGAUUGCAAAGUUACUGAGAAACCCCUAUGAAACAAUGGUUUCGGGGUUUAAACAACUUUGGGUUAUAAUCCAAAAGUGGUAUUAAAGAAACAUCCUAGAGUCUACCUAUAUAUGUUCUAUUUAAAGAGAUAUUUUCACCCACAUGUUGUUCCAAACCUAUCUGUAUUUCUUUGUUUUAUUUAAACACAAAAUAAUCCAUUCAUACAAUAAACAGUCAGUAGGAUUCUCCUUGUCCCUGAUAAGCACAGCAUUUUAAGCUGGUGCACCGCUAGUGUAACUUUGUUUUCAUUUUGCGCAAGUUGCAACCGUUUCAUUCCAUGCAACAGAAACACUAGGUGUAGCCGAGCCUUUACGAUUAAUUAACCAUGCCGUUUUAAAGCGUUUUUAAUCGUGAAACUGGUUAAUCGCUGCAUUCCUAUUGCCAAGGCAACAUUUCUCAGUUUAAUUUAAAGUUGAAGCACUAAAAUAACUAAAUCUAAAUAAACUAAAACUUAAUAAAACUAUAUAAACAUAAAAACUAAUAAAAAGGAAUGGUAACACUUUACAAUAAGGUUCCAUUCGUUAAUGUUAUAUAGUAGUUCACUGUUAGUUAGUCGUUAGUUCACAGUGCAUUAACUAAUGUUAACAAGCACAUCUUUUGAUUUUAAUAAUGCAUUAGUAAAUGUUGGAAUUAACAUGAACUAAGAUUAAUAAAUGCCGUUGAAGUAUUGUUCAUUCUUAGUUCAUGUUAACUAGAGUAGAUAACUAAUAAACCUUAUUGUUAAGUGAUACCAAAUGACUAAUGAAUAAAAUUAAUUCAAAAUAUUAACAAAAAUAUAAUAGUAUACCAAUGACUACAUUUAUAUCUACCCUCUUAAAGAGAUUUAAACAAUAUUGUUA